CUACACCGAAGAUUCUUAUCUCUUGUAGGUACAAUAUUGACAAAAGAUAGUGAUUCGAAGAGCUUCAUCAUUUUCCAGAGUUUACUUGUCUGUCGUUACCGAUCCGAUGUCAUUUAUUCGUACGUAUAUUCGUAAAUCUAACGUAAACUCUGUCGUGUAAUUGGUGUAAUUAGUCCAAGUUUUAAUUUACGAAUUAUCCGCAUUCGUUAUAAUUUUGAAAAUACUCGUUGAAUAAUUCGUAUUCGUGUUCGUUUGCGAUAAGGUUAAUCAAGUGUUUUAUACCUAUUCGUCUAGUAAACAUGGAAAUUCAAAUAGAAGCCGAUCCUUCGCCUCAAUUGGUUUUGAAACCGCCGGAAUCGAGGAAAACUAUACCGGUGAUCGUAGAUAAGCAGACGAAUACGAUCGAUAGUGAAGCAGAAUCGCAAUCUACGAUACUAAAACCUCAUCGAGAAAUGCCCACCGAACAAGAUGUCCUGGCAUAUAACAAGAGACAGACAGAGCUACAGGAAGAAAGAAUAGUUCGCCAAUAUACUAGAAUUGGUGAUAGGAUAAAUUACAGGCUGUAUUCUCAACAGGCCAUAUUGAACACGAAAUUUUUCGUCGCCGUAUUUUUGGCAGCCAUAAUAUUGAUGGUGAUUGCUUCAUGGGCUUUGAAUUCGUGCCCGAAAGGAUUAACCGAAGAUGAGUUAGAUCCUGCAAAUACUAACAGAGUUUCCGGCGUUCGAGCGAUGGAAUACCUCAAAGAAUUGGAUGAAAUCGGUCCCAAACCAAUCGGUAGCUACGAAAACGAAGUCUUGACCGUUGAUUAUUUGCUUUGCCAGAUCGAACGUAUCAAGAAACGUGAGCCUCCUUCGUGGAAUGGAAUAGACAUAGAUAUACAAGUAGUCAGCGGUAAUUUUAGCGAAGUCGAUUCUCGAGGCAGAGCUUUUCGAAAGCAAAUAGUGUAUGGAAAUUUGCAAAACGUCGUCGUCAAAUUGUACUCGAAAUUCAACGCGACCGAAAGUAUUCUAGUGAAUUGUCAUUUCGACUCGAGUUUCGCCAGUCCAGGUACGAGCGACGGCGGUUUAAACUGCGCUGUCAUGCUGGAAGUUCUGCUUGUAAUGUCAAUUGUAGAUCAUCCGAUCAGAAGAAACGUCAUAUUUUUAUUCAACGGUGCCAAAGUGGAUGGGAUUUCGGGAUCGCAUGGAUUUAUCACUAAACAUAAAUGGAUCAAUGAGAUCGUAUGUUUUAUUAAUUUGGACGCUUUUGGAGCUGGCGGACGUCAAACGCUCUUUCAAACUGGUCCUAAUGCGUACGUUUUACCCAAGAUAUACAGCAAAUCAGCGAUGUUUCCUGAUGGUAAAGUACUCAGCGAAGAAUUCAUCCAAAGCGGAUUAUUACCGUCGGAUACGGAUUUCAAGAUUUUUCGCGAUUACGGACAGCUAAAAGGAUUGGAUUUAGUUCAUUUCGCCAACGGUUAUGUUUAUCAAACGAGCAGUGAUAAUAUUUCGAUGAUUACCGCCAACGUCCUCCAGUUAGCCGGUGAUAAUUUACUACACACUGUGAAGGCACUGGUGGACUAUAAUUUCCUCAAGGAAGAGCUCCAAAGUAAUGACGAGCAAGCCGUGUAUUUCGAUAUAUUUGGAUUAUUUAUCGUAUGUUAUCCGUCCAUCGUCGGUUUCCUGAUCAACCUGGUGGUUGUAAUUAUAUCAACGUACGCGUCCGUGUCAUUGCUGUUUCAAGUUUUUAAAGGUAAACCAGUAAAAAUGAUUUUACAACACGUUCUGAUUGACUUGCUAUUCGUCGUAAUUGGAAUUGUCGCGGUUACGCUGGUGCUCUAUUUAUUGGCCACGUUGUUAAAAGUGAACGAUGCCACUAUGCUUUGGUAUUCGAAGCCAUGGUUUAUUCUAACUUAUUACGGCGGGGCCGUUUUUCUCAUUAUGUUUACCGUGUUAAAAAUACGGCGUACAUUCAUGCAAAGUCUGUUGAACAGAGAACAAGAAGUUAGAGUAUUCGUUUUCGUUAUCCAGUUUACAAUGACGGUAAUCCUUUUAUUGGCUACACUAAGCGGUAUACGUAGCUCUUUUAUACUGGCUAUAGGCCUGAUUGGCGUAUCCAUAUCGCGUUAUUUCUUCCACAAAACCAACCUUAGAUUAGAGAUAGUUGAGCGUAAAUUCUUCGUGUACUUCAUGAUCAACUUCUUACCAGCUUUAUAUUGCGCUUGUAUAUUUAUACCGUUUGUUCAAUGGAUCAUUCCGAUACUGGGACGUAUGGGAGCUGAUUACAAUGCCGAAGAUGUUAUAUGGAUUAUUGCCGAAGUUACCAUUUUGAUUACAUUCGCGUAUGUGAUACCACUGGUGCUGUUAGUCAAGGAAUUUUGGACCAUGCAGUAUAUGUUUGCCGCUAUUUACAUCGUGCAAUUAAUCCUCGUCUUGACCCAAGCUUUGUCACCAUUUAGUGAUUCUACUCCGCAACGAUUUUAUGCUAUGCAUGUUGAUCGAAAAUUAGCCCAUUCGGAGAAUACGUCGUUUAAAAACGAAAGUAGCGGAUAUUUGGUAACCACAGUUGAUGUUCAUGGAGGUGAAACUCUUGAAAAAUUCUUCAAACAACAUCAAUUCCAGCAGUUGGCUCAUACUGAUGAGUGCACUCGAGAAUUAUUCUGUGGAAUGCCUACUCUCGAGUCGUCAUUUUUAUUAAAAUUGGGUUUAUCAUUUUGGGCUCCGAAGGAAGUGCCGAAAAUUCCACAUUUCAAGAAAAUGAACUACAGUGUAAUAGACGACGGACACGAUAUGGUAACUUUUCAUUUGACCUUGAAUGGAAGUAAAUUUAUGGAUGCGAUUAUUUUACCUUUGAACGAAGCUAAAUUAGUUCUAUGGAGUUUCAAUCCACCAAUACCUGGCAAUGAAUUGAAAUGGAAUGGUCAAUCGGCGUAUUUUAUUCGUUAUCACGAAGGCUCGUUGAAUCAGAGCUCGUUAUCAUUUAGUUUGAAAUUCGAUGUUCGUAAAAUGCACAACAAAGAUGCUCCUGUGUUUAAAUUAGCUUGGUCUGUGUUUUACCCUUCGAAUAGUAGUGAUAAUUUUACUCGUCAAUUUAAAACAUUUAUCGAUGGGUUCCCUUCUUGGAGUACAGUAGUUCCGAUGGUUGCCGAAUACGAGGAAUAUUUAUUACCGGCAGAUUUUUCGAAAAAUCACUAAUCUGUGAUACGAUUUAUUAUUGUUGUUGAUUUUGUUGUUGAAAUGUUUUAAAUUAUCUACCUGCCUAUUUAUUUAUUUUAUUUUUAUUUAAUUUUUUUAUUCGAGUUUUAAUUACGCGAAUCUUGUUUUAAAACUCAUGCAGAUCGAUUGUGUUCAAUGUUGCCUUCGGGCCUCGUGAUUAUUUUAUUAAUUAAUAAAGUUUUAUAUUGUGA